AUCAAACCCAUAACAUUAGGGACGCCAGCAUCAUGCUCCAACAAGCUGGACCAUCAAAACCACUUAUUAAACAAAUACUAUUCUACAAUAUAGAAUAAUACAAAGAAAACUCACCGUGGCACUGCUGUGGCUAUCUCUAGCUCUGCAGACUGGCUCCAAUAAUGUGUCAGAAAGACAGGUUGAGGUACAGAUGGAGAGAGAGGUGGGGUUUCGUGGUUGAUUGUGUGUCUGUGUAUGUGUUUCAAUGAGUCAAUGCUGUACGUCACACAUCAAUCCCCUGCUCUGAGACAGAGCAGCCCGACAAAUGAAGAGUGGUUGGGGAAGUGAGGGAUGAGAGACAGAGACGAGAAAGAGGGCAAUUAUCUGAGAAGUCAACUGCUUGUAGAAGCGUAGGCGCACAUCUCCAUUGUGAGGAACACUAAAGGCAGCUUGUUAACUACUGAAAGACACAAACGCACCAGUUGAGGUACUUAACAAGCUGUUCAUUAUCACAUUUUCUGAGCUCAGAGCUGAGGUGGUUGCUAAUGGCACAUUGCCCUUGAGGGUCUGCAGAGGUCUGUCCUAGCACUCUAUUUUACAUAUCUAUGGCAGCACAGCGAAUGAAUAGACUAUCCUCACCGCAUAACUGAAUAACGGGUAGUGUGUGUGUGUGUGUGUGCUAUUUCAAAUAGGAAAAUCUAUAGGCCUCUAUCCCAAAGUGGGAGCAGAAAUGAUUGCCACCAUCUUAUUCCAUGUAAUUGGGAGUUUGGGGUGAACUAUUCCUUUAAAUAUAUACACUGUGCUUAUCAUUGUAAAUUCAACUUACCACGGGUAACCAAAGGAGGGAAGUGUGGUUUCAGGAGUGGCAUCUAUUUUUAGUGCAGCCACAUGCAUGAGACCAGGGUCUACUCUGCCUUUGAGAAACAGCAUGUUGUUGGUAUAGAUUUGCUGACUUAUACUGUGGACCAUUACUUUGGUAAGUGACAUCACUCAUAACCCUUUUUCCAGCAGUAAAGAGUAGGAGUGUGGAUCUUUGUUGUCACUAUUGGCAGUUUUGCAGCAAGUAGCCACAGACAGACACAUGGCUGUGGCAAUGAAUGGGAAUGUGUUGAGAAAGGUAAUACCAUUCUCCCACCAAAGUCAGUUAUAAACACGAUCUGAGAGCAUCAGUUAAAUGUAGUGGACGUGCAUUUAAUAGGCUAGUACAGUAGGCUACCUUAGAACCAUAGUGGUAGUAGCACUGUAGUAAUACUGUAUUUAGGUUGAUUGGUGGUAUUGUACCAGUAUGACAACUCCUGCUAUUCAUCAGAUCUGUCUAAUUCAUGUUCUAAACACUACGCGCUGUAUCCCUCUAGCUCUUUUCCUCCAUGUAUCCAUUCACUCUCCCUCCUGCUUUCCCCAUCUGUGCUUUUCUCACAUGCUUUCAUUGCAAAAGAAGGCUACUAGGUAAAGCCUUAUCACACUCCCUCUGACAGAACUUUGACCAGCCAAGCAGACCUCUCUGACCUCUGAGAACCUGCCUCUUAUUGGCUGAGAAUUCCAUUGACCCCACCCUUCCCUGUCCUCCAGAAGCAAGCAGUGUGAAUCUUGUGCCUCUGCCACUGCUGUGUUCCAAGCGGUGGACGAGACAGCUAAGUUGUAAGUAACCAUGAGCCGAGCCUGGGCCUUGUUUAAGGCCCACCCCUACAUCAGCAACGUGGUCGGAUACACAACCCUGUUCGCAUCCGCGGACCUCAUACAGCAAAGCAUGCUUGGAGGGAAACAGAGUGGUGGAUUUAACACAGACAAGGGAACACUCACCAUCCAUGACUUAGAGGGGGCCAAGCUUAACAUGGAGGGAACCAAUAAUUCCACUGGUACUAAAAGUGUCACAACAUGGGCUGAUAUUGACUGGUCCCAGACCGCUCGAGUGGCCUUUGUUGGGUUCUGUUUCCAUGCCAAUUUCAACUACCAUUGGCUGAAGGGGCUGGAGAGGAUGUUGCCAGGGAGAGGGGCCAAAAGGGUGUCGGGGAAGGUAGUGCUGGAUCAACUGGUUGCUGCCCCCGCUACUAUCAGUGCCUUCUUCAUAGGUCUUAGUGUAUUAGAAAACAAAGAGGACCCAUUGGAAAACUGGAGGGAGAAAUUCUGGACUUCAUACAAGACUGGAGUGGUCUACUGGUCAACAAUGCAGGCAUUGAAUUUCUCCCUGGUUCCCCCAGUUGCUCGUACAGUGUUUGUGGGUGGCAUCACACUGGUGUGGACAGUAUUCCUGUGCCAUUUCAGACAGCAGAAAGAUGAUACACAAACCAAACCCCCCUCUCACUGAUAUGGAUGUUAUUGGAUGAGUUGUGUGAUGAGAAAAUGUGACAAUUAUUUAAUUGAAUAGCUUUUAUGUGUUGCACGCUUAUAACUUGAUUAAAGUAGUUAUUUUAAAGAAUGUGUUUUUCAUCUUUGCAUGAUGGCAGGUAGACUAGCAGUUAAGAGCGUUGGGCCACUAACUGGAAGGACGCUGGUUCGAAUCCCCGAGCCUACUGACAUACCUGUUGAUGUGCCCUUGAGCAAGGCACUUAACCCUAAUUGCUCCUGUAAGUCGCUCUGGAUGAGAGCAUCUGCUAAAUGAAAGCAAAAAAUAUAUAUAUAGAUACACAGUUGAAGUCGGAGCCAAAUACAUUUAAACUAAAUUCUUCACAGUUCCUGACAUUUAAUCCCAGUAAAAAUUCUGUCUUAGGUCAGUUAGGAUCACCACUUUAUUUUAAGAAUGUGAAAUGUCAGAAUAAUAGUAGAGAGAAUCGUUUAUUUCAGCUUUUAUUUCUUUCAUCACAUUCCCAGUGGUUCGGAAGU